AUGAUGGCAUCUGCACCUCCUCAGAACCAAAUGCCACCCAAUGAUGGUUAUUCCACUCCUCCCGACAUCCACGCUACCAUUGAUGGUCAUGGUGGUGGUCCUGUUUCGCAGCAGCCAUCCCCAAGCAUCCCAUCUCCCAAGCAUGUUGCCUUCGAGCUUCUCCUAGAUGAGAACUCAAAGGUUAGGGCACGCAUCCCCAUGCGAGUGCAAAUAUUCCCUCAUGAUACUACUGACUCGAUCGUUACUACGGUCAAAAAUUUUUACGGCAUCUACGAAGGCGCAGCAAGCGGUGUGAGCUUCGAGGAUGAGAAUGGCAACACACUCAUUGCAAGAUACGAAAAUCUGAGAAACAACAUGACAGUCUAUGUGAGAGUCAUCUCUUGCCAUAAUAACUACCCCGAAAAUUAUACGCGAGGGGCCUACUAUAGUCCUGUCGAUGGCUAUCAACGACCUACCCUUGGAGAGCCAUUCCAGCAUCAACCGCAACACCCUGCCCAAGCUCUCGACUAUGGAAAGUCGCUCUCCCGGCCACACUCAAGAGUUGCGAGGAAGCGAAGCAGGUCUCCAGCUAGUCGAAGCCGUCGCAGUGUCUCUGCCCAAAAAGUUCCCUGUCGUUCUGGCAUCAAGAGUCAUGGGUCAAGCACCCACGGCAGCUUCCACGAUGACUCUAUGGGCCCCUGUAGCGACAAUGAUGACGACCAUGGAUCAAUGACAGGAUCAAAAAAGGCUAGAAGUGAGCAAUUUGCUAGCUCUGAAAUUAGCAUGGACAAUAUACUACAGGAUGGUAGAAGAAAGCGUCCAAAGUUUGACAGUUCGGAACUGCCUCUGUUUGUCCCUCCUCAAGUGCCUCUCGCCACGUCAACGUCGUCGAUAUCUCCUCAACGACGGUCCACCGUACAAGAAGGGCCCUCCCCAUUUACGAGACCGGUCCAGCGCCCUUACGUAGGACAACAGCACAUUCCAUCUCCCCAGGCAUAUGGACGUCACGAUGCAGUGUACGGCUUCAAUGCAACUGUGAAUAACAUUUAUAGUACGCCUGCUCAACACGGCCAUCGACUACGCGAUCGGACAAACACACAAUCUGUGGGUGGUUUCGGGAACUCUGCCCGUCGUUCCAACAGCAAUGGCAUAUUGCCCACUCCAGAUCCGACAAUUGCGAGCUGCAUCUCCGACGAAGACGUUGCAAUGCAGCUAAUUCGUCUUGGAGACGUUUCGAAUUUCUCUCACGGGCGCACGUCUGCUUCUACCCUUGACGACGCAUUUAGUGGCGCUGCUGAUGCCUCAUCCACUGGUGCCACCACGGAUGGUGCUGAAGCCAGCGAGGAUGAUGAUGAUCUUCCACCACGCUCAAGACAAAAGUUGGAAUCCAGCCCACUGCUCCCUACAGGAUUUGUCAAAAAGCGUCACAAGAACCUAGACGAAAUUCUUCCUAGCUGCGACAGCAGCGACCCAAGCAGUGACGACCUUGAUGGGAACUAUCAACCUCAGAAUGCUCAAGUACUUGUCAAAAACGAACACGAUAACGAUGCCGCCUACGAGGAUGCACCCAAGGCGAAGCGUCCAAAAGUCAAAACUUCAAACUCGACAGCUGCCAAAACCUCAGUUGCCAGGUCAAGUUCCACGUCCAAAACCAAGGCUAACAAGAACCGCCCUGCUGCAACUGCCCGUAAGAGCAAGGUCACUUCAAACAAUAGCAACAGCAACCAGGUGUUUGCAGUUCCAGCCACCCUCCCUCCUAUGGCUAGCCCUACUUCGUCUCGCAAAAUUUCAUCUUCCGCAGUUAACUUCCAGCAUCAGCUUGGUGUGGAUGAAGAAGACCUGUCCACAAAACCUCGCUGCCAGCGCUGCCGCAAGAGCAAGAAGGGUUGCGAUCGUCAACGGCCCUGCCAGCGAUGCAAAGAUGCAGGUAUUGGCAUUGAAGGUUGUAUCAGCGAGGACGAGGGCAAUGGACGCAAGGGCCGAUAUGGUCGCCACAUGGGAGUUCCAGUGAAAAAGAAUGACGCUUCCGUCAGCAAUGCAGGUGUCGUUUCCGCUCUCGGAAUUAAUGAGUCCUAUGCUCAUGGAGCUAAUGAGCGCUAUCCCAAUCCUGCCGCAUCUUCCCUGGCACCCGCAUUGGCUCCUACCAGCGUCGCUGAUAAAAACAAGAAGAGAAAGCGAUAG